UGUUCCUUCCUUCCUCGCUCCUCCAUGCUUUGCUCCAACUCUUCAUCAUCUCCCUCUUCCCGUCUCCAGAAACGAAGCUCCUCGCUGUCGCUGGCCGCCGCACCCGCACAGUCGCACACAGCUCCCCCUCGUCUCUCCUGCUCGCCAAUGCCUCUCUCCCUGGCGCUGCUCCUCACUCUCGCCUCACUCCUCCUCCCGGCCGCGGUGGUCGCCGACGGCACCGUCCGGCGGCUGCUCCACGAGCCGCUCUUCCCCAUCGAGUGGACCCCGCCCCCGUCGCCGCCUGCUUCCGCUCCGCCCCCGCCGGGCUUCAGCUCCGACCCCUCCACACCAGCCCCGCCCGACACGGUCACCCCGGCACCGCCGCAGCCCAGCACCGUCCCCGCCGUGGUCUCGUCCCCUGGAGGCCCCGCCCCGCGCGUCCACGGCGGCGGAGGCACCCCCAAGGCCGCCAUAGUCGUCGCGUCCGCCGCCGCGGCGGCCUUUCUCGCCCUUUUCGCCUUCGCCGCCGCGUUCCUCCUCACCGGCCGCGUUCCGCGCCACCCGGUCCAGCCACGCGUCCCCGAGCACCCCGGCGGCCAUACCCACGUGUCGGGGUCGUCGGGGCCCAGCGCCGCCGUAGCCGGCUCCUCCACGGCCUCCCACUACCGCAAGGCCCGGCACGAGCGCGCGCGGCGGGGCAUUUGCCACGACGUCGACACCGUCCCGAGCCCGGAGCUCCGCCCGCUCCCGCCGCUGCGGCGAGAGUCCGACGCGGUGGUGGGCUCGUCCGAGGAGGAAGCGGCGUAUUACACGCCGGGCCAGCGCUCCGCAGGGUCCGGCGGCGGCGAGGGCCGCGGGACAUGGACCGAGGCAAGCGCGUCCAGCUCCAGCGCACGCACCACCACGGCCUCGCGCCUCAGCCUCCCCAGCCUCACCAGCGACUUCUUCCCCACGACACCGGUCGCCGCCGCAGCCUCUGCCUCCACCGCCGCGCCCCCUCCCGCUCCUCCGGUGCAACGGUCUCGCCGCACGACGCCGGGCACCCGCUUCUCGGCGGGGCCUGCGUCCGCCAACCCUCCACCACCGCAACCCCAAACAUUCAACAACACAAUAUCCAUGCGCCGGUCACUCAACCCGGCUCGAGCAGAGGAUCCCAGCGUCGCCGUGCGUGCGGCGCCUGUCAUGGCGAUGAUGAAGGAGAAUGAGGAGGGGAGCAGCAUGCGGAUGCAUGGCAACGACGGAGCCCGACCGGGGCUGAAGCCACUGCACCGGGAAAAGGUCCGCGGCGCGAGCUCCGAUGAGAGCGACAUGGUCUGGGGCGGUCACAAGUCCAACUCCUUCCAGUCGGAGGAGGACAUGAUCGAGGUGGUCGCCAUGAACCACGCAGGGGCGAAGAGAGCUGGCAUGUCGACGCAGCUUAGACGGGAGGAGAGGGUCCUUGACCCGGAGAAGGAAGAGAGCAUUGCGAUCCUGAUGCGCGCGCUGAAUGUCACGCCUGAUGAGGUCUCGGAUGCACUUUUAAAUGGUAAUGGUGAAUGUUUGGGGGCAGAACAUUUGGAGACUUUAGUAAAGAUGGCUCCUACAAAAGAGGAAGAACUUAAACUGAGAGAUUUUACUGGGGAAUCAUCUAAACUUGGUUCAGUGGAGUGCUUUCUUAAAGCAGUUCUUGAUAUACCUUUCGCCUUCAAACGAGUUGACGCUAUGCUAUACCGAGCAAAUUUUGAGAAUGAAAUAGUUUACCUCAGAAAAUGUUUUCAAACAAUUGAGGCAGCAUGUGAUGAUUUAAAAGGCAGCAGAUUGUUCCUAAGACUACUUGAAGCAGUGUUGAGAACCGGGAACAAAAUGAACGUUGGUACAAAUUGGGGCGAUGCCAAAGCUUCAAAGCUCGACACCCUCCUUAAACUAGCAGUCGUCAAAUGUGCCGAUGGUAAAACCACCCUACUACACUUUGCCGUGAAAGAAAUCGCCCGUCAAGAAGACGAAAAAUCCGGUGAAGUCGCAGAAAAUCACAUACAGUUCCGAAAGCAUGGCUUGAAGGUCGUGUCCGCGCUGAGCAGCGAGUUGGGAAGCGUCAAAAAGGCGGCAACAAUGGACUUUGAUGUGCUGCAUGGUUAUGUAUCCAGACUCGAGACCGGUAUUGGAAAGAUAACGUCAGUUAUCAUGCUUGAGAAGCAAUGCAGAAAGGGAGAGGGGUUUUUCGCCGCAAUGCGUGGUUUUCUCAAGGAAGCUGAGCAGGGGAUCAAACAGGUGAGGCAUGAGGAGAGGAAGGCAAUGGAGAGAGUGAAGGAGAUCACGGGUUACUUCCACGGCAACACGGCGAAGGAGGAGGCGCAUCCUCUGAGGAUGUUCAUGGUGGUGAGGGACUUCAUCGCCAUUCUGGAUCGUGUCUGUAGGGAGAUCGGCCAGCAGGACCGGGUGUUCGUUGGGUCCGCGAGGUCCUUCCGUGCCUCGGCAACCAGCCCAUCACCAUUGUUGAGUAUGCAUGGCCAGCGCGGAAGAGACAACAACUCUGACGAAGCUGUGCUCCUUGGUGCAGGGAAUGUGGAUCAGGAACAGUAAGGAACCGCACUGAAUUUUUGAAGGAACAACAUCGCAAUAUAGUAAAUACUACCCACGAUAGAUGAAAGCACAUAUGUAAUUUCCUUUUUUGGUAAGUUUAAUGUCUGGUGAUAUCCUGUUGUAUGGAUCAUUGAAAAUCUUCUGUACAAAAAUACAUAAAUUCCGAAUAGUAUGU